AUGGUCGAUGAUCAUAACGAUCGUGUACUAUGGGAUUGUGGAAGUCCACUCUAUGAUUCCUACGAGCUCGUCUCUCUCACUCACACCAUCGAACGUCAUUUCAUGUCUCUCCCUUCUCUCGCCGGCGCCGGAAAAGUCUAUAGUUCUCGGACGCCGUCUGAUUUGGGAGCAAAGGCGAAUCGUGCUGCCAUCACUGUUGUCGAUCUGUGUUGUCCCGCUGAUUCGACGGCUGGUAAAGUACUGUGCGGUGUUUUUCGGAAGAGGUGGUGGAAAAGAAAGAAAAACGCCGAUCUUGCUGUCGCCGAGAAUAACAACAAGAAGACGUUGUUUUGUCGGAUUUUCUGUGGGAUGAGUAUUUCUACUACAAGAUCUGGCUCGCCGAAGAUGUGA